UGUGUACAACAUGAAAUGUAAAAAUAUCCAUUGUUAAUUUUAUUCUUGAAAGAUAACAGAUUUUAUUAUUUCAAAAAUAUAUAUUGCACAUUACACUGCACAGGUUCUUGUUCUUAUAAUCAUGUUUCAAGCUCUUCGUAAGCCUAGUCGAACAACAGCUUUAGUUGUUUGCAAUUUUCACUCGACACAGUUGCAAUGCAUCAAAGAAAAAACUUUCUCACAAAUGUUAGAGGAUGGACCUGACUUGAAAGACUUUGUUGCUGGAACUUACAAAGAGUAUGAUGGAAAAUUGAAAUUAGAUAAGGGUGACAAAUCUCGUUUGAGGUUACCACCUUGGCUUAAAACAGAAAUACCAAUGGGUGCAAAUUAUAGUAGACUAAAAUCACAAUUAAGGCAGUUAAGAUUAAGCACUGUAUGUGAAGAAGCACGAUGUCCUAAUAUUGGCGAAUGUUGGGGUGGUGGUAAACAUGGUACAGCGACUGCUACUAUUAUGUUAAUGGGAGAUACAUGUACCCGUGGUUGUCGUUUUUGUUCUGUAAAAACAUCACGUACACCAUUACCACUAGAUCCAGAAGAACCAAUUAAUACAGCAAAUGCAAUAACAGAUUGGGGUUUGGAUUAUGUUGUACUUACCUCGGUGGAUAGAGACGAUCUCGAUGAUGGUGGAGCCAAUCACAUUGCAGAAACAGUAAAAGAAAUAAAGAAAAAAAGUAACAUUUUAGUGGAAUGUUUGGUACCAGAUUUCAGAGGCAAUGAAAAAUCUAUUGAAACAGUUGUUAAUUCUAAUCUUGAUGUAUUUGCCCAUAACAUUGAAACUGUUGAACGUUUAACACCGUUUGUCAGAGAUAGACGAGCACAGUAUAGACAAUCAUUGAAAGUGUUGAAGACGGCAAAGGAGUACAAUCCGGAAUUGAUCACAAAAUCAUCGAUUAUGUUAGGAUUAGGUGAAACUGAUGAAGAAAUUGAACAAGCAAUGCGUGAUUUGAGAGAAGCAGGCGUAGGUGCUUUGACGCUAGGGCAAUAUAUGCAACCUACAAAAAGACAUUUGAAAGUUAUUGAAUAUGUUACACCUGAAAAAUUUAAAAAUCUUGAAAUCCUAGGAAGUGAACUAGGAUUUUUAUAUACUGCAAGUGGUCCAUUAGUACGUUCAUCGUACAGAGCUGGAGAAUUUUUCUUAACAAACAUAUUAAAGAAACGUAGGAAUAAACAAGCCGAGAACCAAUAAAUAUAUUAUUUUGA